AUGGAGCGGACAGGGUCCCAGGCCAAGUCCCUCUUCCCCAGAGGGCCCAGUUUCACCUUGGACGACUUCUCUAACAAGGACUUCACCGUCAGAGACUUCAUCGACAAUCUCGCGAAUACAGCUGUCCCCGCCAACCGGAGGUCAGGCCCGGCGCAAGUCCAAUUCGACCCCAAACCCCUAAUCCGAACCUUCGAGAAUGCCUUAGCCCAACUCGGAGAACUCUCCGAAGACCUCCAAGAGAGGGAAUCGGAACUCACGUCGCAAGUCCGCCGCGCCGAAAUCUCCCACAACCAGACCCUCGACACCCUCGGCCGAAAACUUGAUCAGUCCAUCGAAGCCUUCGAAACCCUCAACAUCUCCCUCAAUAGCUCCGGAGAAGGCGACGCCGACGCUUCAGAAAAUGGCUCCAAAGCUGGCGCCGGCGGAAACGCCGCCGUCCAGAUCGGUGAGAGGCUCGAGGAGCUCGACCGGAAACGACGCCGGGCGCGAGAUGCCAACUUUCUGAUCCGCUGUUGGCUUGAACUCAGCGAGACGGGACAGCUCACGUCGCUCGAAGAUAUCCAGAAACAGGGCGGUGCUGAGAGCAAGGUACGAUGCGCGGUGAUUGCGCGCCAGUUGAUGCGCAUAAGUCAGCGCCUUGACACGGCGUCGUGGGGUGGGCAGACGAACGGGACGCGAAACGGGGCCCCGAGCGUGAACGGUGCCAACGGGGCGAAUUCUACGAGCCACAACACGAGGGAGGUGCUAGAAAAGUUUAGCGAGACGCUGGAGCAGGACCUGCUGAAGCAGUUUAACAACAGCUAUCGUCGCCAGAACUUCGAGGAUAUGAUGGAGUGUGCCAAAGUGCUCCACGACUUCAACGGCGGUGCGAGCGUGAUCGCGACUUUUGUCAACCAGCACCAGUUCUUCAUUGAUCGGGACCAGCUCGUUAACGAUGAGGUCACGACGGAUACCGGGGCGUGGGAGGCCGUGGCAGACCCAGAUUCGGAGUCGCCCGGCGUAGAGCCGAGCUUGCAGUCUCUCGUUGACGAGGUCAAGAUUGUGAUGCAGGAGGAAUCAUUCAUCAUUAAGCGAGCAUUCCCUUACUAUGAAACGGUGCUAGCCAAAUUUAUUCAGCGAGUCUUCCAACAAUCGAUCCAGCAGAGGUUAGAGGCCGUGCUAGAAAAAGCCAACACCAUAUCCUCACUCGCCUUCCUACGAACUCUUCAGUCCUCUCGGAGCUACAUCAACUCUCUCGUAGAAGAUCUGAAGGCCCAUGGGCUCACAGAACACCCGGAACCCUGUUCUUCCCAGAUAUCCCAGACGCUCGAUCAGCAAUUGGAAGAGCUGUUCGUACCAUACCUCGUCGGCAACUCGUACAUCGACCGCGAGAAGAAGAACCUAGAGGAGCUUUACAACUCCCUGCUCCUCAAAUUUACAAUCUACCACUCUAGGAGAAAGAAGGCACCGACGGGCUUCAUGGCGUCUCUCGCGCAGCAAGGAACCCAACUCCUCGCUUCCGCCAAGGAUGCUUACAUGGAGCGCCUCGAAUCCUCCGAUCUGACCGUGACGCAAAAGGCCAUGAUGCUCCGAAUCGCAGGAAUCCAAGACGACCAAUCCAAGAACGAAAUCGAAGUUUCCGAACAGGAUGGUAUUUUGAGUAUCGAGUACGCCAAGCGCAUGAUCAAGUGGCUUGCCGAGAGUGUCAGGAGAGCCCUCGAGCUUGGCUCCGCCAGCGAGACGCCCAAGGACGUCAACAUCCUGCUCAACCUCCUCCUCAACAGCAUGGGCCAAGUCUACGUCGAGACAGCGCUGGACGCCUCCCUCGACCAGGCAACGUCGCAAGAAAACUCCAAGACGGAGCCGGACAUGACGUACCUCCCGUCCAUCCGCCCCGCCGUGACCAUCACGAACGUCAUGGACCGGUUCAUUUCCACGGUGCUCAUCCGCCUAGCCGAGUCCAACACCACGGUGCGCCGCAACAUGGAAGCCCAGAAACGCGUCGCCAUCGACAGCAUCGAGCAAAAGACCAACGACAUCAUGAAGAGCACCGUCGCCGUCGUCUCCAACUGGGUCGUCAAGUCCCUCUACGGGCAAAAGAAGCUCGAUUUCCGCCCCCGCGACGGCGAGCUCGAUUCCCUGCAGACGCAGACGUGCCAGACCAUCUGCACGUUCUUGGCCCGCGUGAACGGGCAGGCGCGCCUCGCCGUCGACGGGCAUAACCUCGAGAUGUUCAGCAGCGAGCUAGCCCUCGCGCUGCUCAAGCUGCUGUUCGAGCACUUUAAGAAGUUCCAGGUCAACGCCACGGGCGGGCUCAUGGUCACGCAGGACCUGUCGAAGUACGUUUCUACGCUCAAGCAGUGGGCCUUGAGCAAACAGGUCGAGGGCACCGUCGAGGUGCUCACAGAGGUCGGGUCGCUCUUCAUCGUUGGUCCUGAGGCGCUUAGGGAGAAGUCGAGGACGCUGACGACGGGGCCGACGGGGGCUGGGAGGAAGUUGGGCAAGGCGGAUUUUAAGGCGUUUGUGCAGAAGAGAGAUGAUUCGUCGUCUGUGGGGAUACAGAGUGUCUUGGCGGGUCUCUAG